GCUCCGGGCCGGGAGAAGUUUGCGGCGCUGGGCGGAGGCAGCGGCGGGCGGCCGGGCUGCUCGCUCCGCUCCGGCCAUGGCCUUCCGCCGGCGGGCCAAGAGCUACCCCCUCUUCAGCCAGGAGUUCCUGAUCCACAACCACGCGGACAUCGGCUUCUGCCUGGUGCUCUGCGUGCUCAUCGCGCUCAUGUUCGAGGCGACCGCCAAGACUGCCUUCCUAUUCAUCUUACCUCAGUAUAACAUUAGCGUGCCUACAGCAGACGGCGAGCUAGUUCACUACCGCUACGGGCUAAAGGACUUGAUCACCAUCCUCUUCUACGUCUUCAUAGCAAUCAUCCUGCAUAUGGUGUUGCAGGACUACGUCCUCGAUAAAAUCAACAGGCGGCUCCACCUCUCCAAGGUCAAACACAGCAAGUUCAACGAAUCAGGGCAGCUGGUAGCGUUCCAUCUCACCUCCAUGAUCUGGUGCUUGUAUGUAGUGGUGACGGAAGGAUACUUGUCAAACCCGAGAAGCUGGUGGGAAAACUACCCUCAUGUUUUUCUCCCGUUCCAGGUGAAGUUUUUCUACCUUUGCCAGCUGGCCUACUGGCUGCACGCACUGCCCGAGCUGUACUUCCAGAAGGUGCGCAAGGAGGAGAUUCCUCGUCACCUGCGGUACAUCAGCUUCUACCUGAUGCAUAUAGCUGGAGCAUACCUCUUAAACUUAACCCGCCUGGGGCUCAUCCUCUUGCUGCUGCAGUACUUUGCUGAAUUCCUCUUCCACAUGGCCCGUCUCUUCUACUUCACGGAUGAGAACAACGAGAAGCUGUUUAAUGCCUGGGCAGUGGUGUUCGUGGUCACCCGGCUCUUCACCCUCACCCUUUCUGUGCUGGUCAUUGGCUUUGGGCUGGAUCGGGUGGAGAACCAGGAGUUCAACAUAGAGAAAGGAAACUUCAGCACUCUGUCUUCCAGGAUGUUUGUGCUGUCCCUGGUGUGCCUCUUCCAGGCCUGGCUGAUGUGGCACUUCAUCCGGUUCCAGCUGCGGCGCUGGCGGGAGUACCGGAACGAGCAGAGCGCCAGGCAGAGAGCCACCGCCCUCACCAAACAGCAGUCCAAGCCCGUCAAAAGGGAGUCGGGUUACCAUGAAAACGGAGUGGUGAAAGCCGAGAACGGAACCUCCCCACGCACCAAGAAGCUCAAGUCUCCGUAGAGCUGAAGGCUCCUCUGCCGGGGAGGAGGGUGAGAGACCAGGACUAAGCCCCAGCCCCGCCCUCGGCCUCCCAGGUGCUGAAUGGCUUGGAAACGUCUCAUCUUCCCAAGGUCUCUCCCCCUUCCUCCCUCCCCAAACCAUUUGCAAUAAAACCAAAAAAAACCUUGCUCCGUUACAUGGCCUGCAGGAGCCAGACCCAAACCUCCCGUCCUCUCCUUCCUCUUAGUUUUAUUGUCAAUCAGUGUGCAAUUCUCCCCCCCCCCCCCUUCUUGAGUGUUUUUUUCUUCCUGUUGUGUUUUUGUUACAACUGCGCCAUGGGAUGGUUCUAAACAAACAAUUCCUCUUCUAAAGCAGGUUCUUCCCCUGCCCCUCUGGGCAUUGCCCUGCGUCCUGGCCUUGGAGGGGCAGGCGGCUGCUUUAAGGUGCCCUGUGAUCAUGAGGGUAGAGGUUUGGGGAGCUGGGGGAGCCAUGCCCUGUGUGCAGAGCGCCUCUCUGUAGCAGGGUGGCGUCCAUGGGUGGUGGUGCUGCUGCUGGAGUUCUUGGGUGAACUGCAGCGCAGCCUUGCAUCCAGCACGCCCAACGGGAUUGCAGAGGCGGGCCAGGUCUGGAUUGGGCUUGUUGCAUCAGGGCACAGGGAGGUGACCUCAGACAUGCUUUGCAUUGUGCUGGAGCUCCGGCAAGUGGCAUCCCUAGCAGUCUGCGGCCAGUGCUGCCCACCUCUCUCCCUCCCCUGGGUGCAGUGACUGGGCUCUGCCUCUGCCCUGCAAUUCCUAGUGCCUUACUUGGGAUGAUAUCAGCCAGGGCCUAACUCAGCCCAAACUCAGUUGAGGAUUUGUAAGCCCUGAGCCACACACCAGCAGGUCAGCCCUGGUCCCACCCCUCACUGCUCCUUCAGGAUGUGCCGCUUUACCUCACCCAGGGGCUGGCUUAAAUCUGUGGCGCUGUGUUCGCGUAGUACUCGUGCUGCGUGCAGGAGAGCAGAUUCCCUGCCACUCAGAGUUUAUCUGCCUUUCACCUCAUACUUCCCCGCUGCCCCUGCUAUCCCAGGCCAGGUGUGCCCUCUCUGCUUUGGCUGCAGCUGCCAGCUUGUCUUUCCGCUUCACAUGCCUCAUAUCUCCUGAGGGGAUUGGUUAAUCCGGGAUCCAGCCCAUGCAUCCCUUCCUGGGCUGGGUGGGAAUAGCAGAGAGCAGCCUGUGGAAGUGGGCGUGCCUCUCGCCCGAUCCAUGCCACCCUCCCCUCCCCAACUGGUGGGUGGAAUCAUCUCAAAUCUACCUCAGAGGCCGCCUCUUUCAUACAACCACUCUCCCUCGACCCCUCGUUGGCUGCGAAUGUUGGGAGGAGAUGUGCGGGAAUUGUGCGAGCACCCACUGAUUCUGUCCACUCCCUGGUCCGAAUGGAUGGAGCUGUCCCACUUUCAGGGCUUUUCCAGUGCCAUGUGCUGGUCAAGACUGGCCAGGUUGCCCUGCAGCGGAGGGUAUUUCUCUCUGAGGAAGGUCCCCGUAAGCCAGAUUUUGCAGUGGGCAUGUUUCAGUGCAGUGAGGUGACUUGGCGCUUCCCUUCUGCUUCGCUGGGGUGGGAGCUUCCCUCUCGGCAGUGCUGGCUCGGCUGCCCUUUCUGCUGCUGCCAGGAUGGGUAGCAUUUCCCUUUGGCUGAGCGUGGAGAGGGUAUCGCUGCUCCAGACAGGGCAGGGAGAGAGGCGGGCAGGGGGUAGCAGGGGUGAAGGGUCAUGGAAUCACUUCUCAUGCAGAUUGGGAUCAGGGUUCUUCCUUCCUAGCGGGGGUGAGUGACAUGGACCAGAAUAAACCAAACACGAUGUUCCUGGCUUGUUUCAUGCUCCUCCCCGUGGCCUUCCUUGCUGGAGGCGAUUGUAACUCGUGCUCUCCGGCCUUUUGUUUUUCGGGGUGGUGAGAGGAACUGGCUGGCUGUGCUGCUUUCACAGAUUUUGAGUCCUCUCCACACCUGUUCUCUCCCCAGCACGGGCAGGGGCUGCCAGUGGGGGAGAAAGAAUACCUGGGAGCCUGAAUGCAGCUGGUCGGAUUCCAUUCCUUCCCCCAUCCCCCAGGAGCUUUGAAUGUCAAAGGAGGGCCACUAGCUGGGAUCUUCCUCCCGCUCCCCCAGUAUCUUGGAGCAGAGCACCUCGGAUCACCUUGUAACUGUCCCUCCUUAGCCCUGGCUGGACAGAUACUAGCAAAGCCAGCACUUGGCCAGAGGGAGCUCUAUUGGAGGAGCAGAGGAACCGGGCGAGAAAGGAAUGUUACACCAGCGGGAGAGCGAGCUGGGACACAAGCUGUUGGCCCCUGGGCCUAGGACAGUUCACCCAUCCAUCCCUCUCCCCUUUCUCGUCCGCUCCUAGUCUUGCAGGGAGUGACUACUCCCCCGAUCUCUCCAGAGCCGGCACUGGCCUUGCUCCUCUGACGUCAGCUGAGGAGCUGAGCCACCUGGUUAAAAGGUGGCUUGUUGUCAGAUCCAAAUAAACCAACCUGCCCUGCUCCAGGCAGCCUUUCCUCUGGCACAAGCCUGGGAGGCCGUAAAGUAGCUCAUUGUUCUCUAUAUACCAAGUGCCUUACAUUGCGGUAUAGUCUGUACUCUCUUGCCUAUGCGCUGCCUCACCAGCUCCGUGCCCCCAGGCUCUGUGUAUACGUCUGAUGUGUGUAUUCCAUAUUUAGUCACUGGGGAAAGGGACAGUUCACGCUGGAAGUAGCCCCUCGUUUUCUAUGCCUUUUCGAUUUGUAGACUGCUUCCUUCCUCGGUGGCUAAAAUCCCCUUCCCAGUUUCUGCCUAGAUGGGUCGGCCCCUGCAGCGAUGCCCACUGGCUGCCAUUUCAGAGGCAUCGCUGGGGUCAUUUGUGGCCGGAGGGGCUCCCAUCCCAUCCCUCCCAACACAGAAACUCUUGCUCCUCUCUGCUCCAGUGCACAUACCGUCCCUGGCUCUGCAGUUACUGGUGCAGCUCUCCUUGCAUUUCCUAGCAAACCAAAACUUCUCUAUCCUGGAGAACCUCGUCCUCGUAGAGAUGGAUUCUUUUCUUUUCCAGUCUCUAGUGUUAACUCUUUCAUUGACCAAUCCACGUACAAAGGUGCAGAGAGCCAGGGGAAGGGGAGACCCACUUCUCGAAUGGGUUCUCUUCUUGGGCCCCAUCCCACAAAGUGCUGCGUGUCUUCUGCAACAGUUUGAGUGCCCCUAUCUGCUAGAAGGCUGAGGGUACUCAGGAUCAUGCAGAAUUGGGACCUGGGUCCCGGAUUCAGUGUUAUAGCACCGCUACUCCACUCCCUCCUGGGUUGUGCAAUAACCCGCCUGGAUCGUGGUCACUCCUGCAGUGCUUGCAUCCAUCACCAAACCCUGGGAGGGGAGGAUCCCUGAGCUGAGGUCAAAUUGUGAUAAUUGCAUGGAGCACAGAACGCCUCCUCACCCGGGCUUUGGCAAAGUCUCUUAAGAACCAGCAGUUCUUCUCCCUCUCUCCUUGUCCCAGAGGGAUCUUAGAGGGGUGGAUGUUGGGGAGAAUGUAGCAUUUUGCAGAUCAGUAUCUUUUUUUAAAAAAGUUUGUUGAAUGAAUCUUCCUUGCUCAACGGGGCAUUAAAGUUUGUAUUUUUGUAGGAUGACUUUUCCCUGCCUAUCAUGCACAGAUGUAGCGAAUAAGGGAUGGGGUUCUCCCUGGUUUUUCUAUGAAGUGGAGGAUGGUCUCUUUUCAGAACUAGUCUUGAAAUCUGUAGAUGGGUGGGCUUCAUUCCAGUGGAUUGGAGUUACGGCUACAUCUGACUAUGGAGUCCAGUAGUUGGAAGCUGCUGCUACAGCUGACUUUUCUCUACAGUCGAGGGCGUCUACAGCUAUAGCAGCUCCUUUUUGUGACCUUUGAGUGCGUAACAGAUGGCUCGAGUUGGCAGUCUUUGUAUUGACGCUAUAAACUGGGUCACUCGUCUCCCUAUGUCACGUGUACUUCUUGCCAGAGGGAGGGAUGGACACAAGAUGCAACGUUUGGGUGGGUGCUUGUAUCUCUUUUUAACCUGUUUAAUUCUGCGGACCAAACUUCAACAAAGAAACUCAAGGAAAAUUCUGUUCUUCCAUAUUUAUGCUUUAGUGCAAACGUUCUCUUCCUUUGUUGUGUAUUUUAAUUUGUUUUGGUUUGAGGGGGGGGUGGUUUUUUUGGAUAACCGUUUCAACUCUCCUCCCCCCCCCCCCCCCACCACCACCACAUGUUUUUAGUCUUCCUCUGUCAUUUAAAAAAUAAAAACCAAUUUUGUACGGAAUUUUUUUUUUUUGUUUGUUAAAUGGCUUUUGUGAGCAAACUCUCAACAAAGAUAUUUUCUGAAAUAAUAAAAGGCAUAGAAUCAUCAACUGGUGCUUAA